AUGGACCCUAAAUGGAAACCAUCGUGGCCACAUGAUGAGGAUCAUCUUUCCGUAGGACAGGAAUCCUCAGGGGCCCCAUCGUCAACCGUCCUACUCUACACCAUGCUCCCCUCUCUGCUACAAAAGCGAAUGCCGCGUCUCCGCUCCCUCAGACGAACAUAUACCGAGCCCGCCUUCCAAGCAUCCUCACCUUCGCCGUCGCCGAACUCGGCCUGUCACUCUCGCAUGUCAAGUUGCUCCACAGCGACGGAGAAUAUCCACAACACUCCUCCACCGGCCUACCGCUCCGGCUCCUCCAGCGCCGCCACCUCCGACGACGAAAUCGGCAACUUCUAUCCCCCAUCGACCUCGACAUACGUCCCCAUCAACACCAUGCCGAGCCGGCCUGCGAGCUCUGAGGGCGUGCCGGCCGAAGAAGCCCGCAGCGGCGUGCAAUGGCGAUACGCCGAAGCGGGAUUCUCCAUGCUCUCCCUCGCCUCGCAAGAAGCCGCCCUACCGCAACCGGCCGCCAACCUCAUCCGACAGCAAUACGUCGCGGGCGUCUCCUGUAUGCUCCGGGGCUUACCCAGCGAGUUGUCCGCCGACGAGGAACUCAGUCUCCGCGAAGCACUCCCGGGCACCCUCAAACUCCCCCUCUCAACAAAAGGGAACACCACCAUCACCUCCUCCUCCUCCUCCUCCUCCGCGGCCACAGCCCACCUCUCAACAACCUCCUCGCUCAACCCUCAAGCCCCGCACCACCACCGACAACAACAACAUCAACCCCUCCUCCACCGCCUCAUCGCCACACUGACCUACUCCCUCUUCCUGCUCGCCUCCUUCCUGCUGCCAUACAUCCAGCACCUCCUCCGCGAAGCCUACGCCCUGGACCGGAAGCACAAACUCAGCGACCGCGCGCUCGCCUACGGCAUGACGUCCGCGGACGCCCUGGGCCGCCAGGCCCUGGUCCUCGCGGGCAACGUCUGCGCCAUGCACGACGGGCGCGUCGGCGAGGCGUUCAAGGAGGCCGGCGUCUACGUCGUGCGGAGCUUCUCCGGCGGCGUCUACGAUGGGCUCGGGGAGGGGAUGGCGAAGUUGGGCCUCCGGGCCGGCUGGAGUCCUUCUGCGGCGAUGGGAAUGGGUGGUGCGGCGGGUGAUGGGUUCGGGGUGCAGUAUGGCCACAAUGGACAUGGACACGGGAAGGCGCCGUGGGUGUUGCAGUGGCAGCAGCGGUGA